UUGAGGCAUGAGGCCCGCAACAGCCCGCCAUAGCUUGAAAAGACAAAAGCCCAAUUGAUUAAACAAAGAACAAACAGUAAAAUUCCUUUCUCUACUCUACGUGUGCUGCUGCGUGCAUACAGAUUGAAGAAAGGGGAGCGAAGAAAAAGGUGAAAUUGCAGCGAAUGAUCUAUGGCGUUGUCCAGGCUUCGGAAUCCGGUGAUCCGCCGAGCUCCGUCUCUUCUCAGGGCUCGCUUUCUCUCCCUCUCCUCCAAUCACACAUCUCUCGAUCGUCACAGGGGCCUAAACUCGAGUACUGAUGUUGCAGAAUCACUAUUAAGCAGGCCGGCAUCUUUUUCAAUGGUCAAUGGCAUUCAUCAUAAUCCUUCUAAGAUUAAGUUUCAAAUUGGUGCCCGCCGCUAUUCAUCUAAAGAGCUUCCUGAGCAUAUAGUGCUUCAAAUGCCAGCUUUGUCACCUACAAUGAGUCAAGGUAACAUUGCAAAGUGGAGGAAGAAGGAGGGAGACAAGAUUGAAGUGGGGGAUGUGAUAUGUGAAAUAGAGACGGACAAAGCUACUCUCGAGUUUGAAAGUCUUGAAGAAGGGUUUCUGGCUAAGAUACUGGUGCCUGAAGGUUCCAAGGAUGUGCCUGUGGGACAGCCUAUAGCAAUUACGGUGGAGGAUCCAGAUGACAUAGCUAAUGUCCCUGCAACUGUUAGUGGAUCAGAAGCCAAAGAUAAAACAACCACUGAACAAGCUUCAACACAUGGAGACAGCAAACAGGAAUCAAGGUCUGUGAACAUCAGUACUUCUGAACUUCCUCCUCAUAUCGUUCUUGAAAUGCCAGCACUAUCACCAACUAUGAACCAGGGAAAUAUCGCAAAAUGGAGGAAAAAAGAAGGCGAUAAGAUCGAGGUUGGUGAUGUUAUUUGUGAAAUUGAAACAGACAAAGCGACCCUUGAAUUUGAGAGUCUUGAAGAAGGGUUCUUGGCCAAAAUUUUGGCUCCGGAAGGAUCAAAAGACGUGGCUGUGGGUCAGCCCAUUGCAAUAACUGUUGAGGAUCCUAAUGACCUUGAAGCUGUAAAAUCAUCUGUUAGUCUCGAUCUGAGUGUCAAAGAUGAAAAGCCUGUUCAGAAGAAUACUGCAAAGGAAGUCAAAACUCAGAAAACAAGUCAUAGUCGAAUUAGUCCUGCCGCGAAGUUACUACUUGUGGAACAUGGAUUAGAUGCAUCAUCAAUAAUGGCAUCUGGUCCCCGUGGUACUUUGCUAAAGGGGGAUGUUUUAGCAGCAAUACAGUCUGGAAAAGGAUCUGCCAAAGUCUCUGGAUCUAAGGAGAAGAUUUCUUCAUUAGAUCCAGCCCCCCCUCAUCCUCCUUCUGCAUCAACGGCAUCAAAAUCCACUGUACAGCAGACAGCUGCAUAUGAAGAUUUGCCUAAUAGUCAAAUUCGCAAGGUGAUAGCAACACGCUUAUUGGAAUCAAAACAAUCCACCCCUCAUUUAUAUUUGUCGACAGAUGUUACGCUGGAUCCUCUACUCUCAUUCAGAAAGGAGCUUAAAGCCAACUAUGAUGUUAAAGUCUCAGUAAAUGAUAUUGUGAUCAAAGCGGUUGCUGUUGCAUUGAGAAAUGUACCAGAAGCAAAUGCUUAUUGGGAUGCUGGAAAAGGUGAAAUAGUUUUAUGUGAUUCAGUUGACAUAUCUAUUGCAGUUGCUACAGAGAAGGGCUUGAUGACUCCAAUAGUUAGGAAUGCUGAUCAGAAAUCUAUAUCAUCUAUUUCCUUGGAGGUUAAAGAACUUGCUGAAAAAGCACGGGCUGGAAAGCUUAAGCCAAAUGAGUUCCAAGGUGGCACUUUCAGCAUAUCGAACUUGGGGAUGUUUCCUGUCGAUAAUUUUUGUGCAAUUAUAAACCCACCUCAGGCUGGUAUUCUAGCUGUUGGUCGGGGAAACCAAGUUGUUGAGCCAGUUGUUGGAGAUGACGGGAUCGAGAAGCCUGGUGUUUUUACAAAAAUGAACUUAACAUUGUCUGCUGACCAUCGUGUUUUUGAUGGAAAAGUUGGAGGAACGUUCUUGAAAGCAUUACGGUCAAAUUUCAGCGACAUUCGAAGGCUUCUUUUGUGAUGGCAUAGAAGUUAUUUUCUUGCGAAAUAUAACACUACUAAAUAGCCACUGCAACGGGAAAUUUAUCUGAUCACAAGCUGGAAUUUCAGCAUAUUCAAGACGUCCUACAACUCGGUACUGUUUCUUCUAUUGUGCAGUUUCCCUUUCCUGGGAUUUCUACUGGACUCAUAAGGUCAAUUUUUGGGGCUUGUACCCACAUAAGUUAGACUUUGCCAAUAUUUAGGCUUCACCGCUCCUGAGUUGUUUUUCUUUGCCACUACAAAGAUCAAGCGUAAAAUUGCUUGUUUCUGUUCUCCUGUAAGGAAACAAUCAACACGCGGAAUACGUUAUCUGGCGUUUCUGCAAUAAAUUGAUUUCGCGCUCGUUUCUCAUUGU